GGUUUGUGUGCUCCCGCAGCCGCGGGCAGCUCCGCCGCCGCUGGCCCGGGAAGGGCGGAGGGGCCGGCGGAGAGUGGAGGGGGUGGCCUGGUCCCGUGGCCCCCAGAGCGCCGUUCCGCCGCGACCACUCCCCGUUACGGGCGGCCGCCUUCCCCCCGGCGGCUGCCCCGAGUGGCGGAGGCCGGCGCAGCGCCCCGCGGUCCCGGCACGUGGUCGGCGCGGCACGGCAGGAUGGCUCCCCGCGGGAGGAAGCGCAGGGCCCAGCAGCCGCCGGCGGCCGAGGCACCGGAGCAGACGGGAGCCCCGGAGAAGCGGGCGCGCCCCCAGGGUGAGGGCAGCGCGGGGGCCGCCGGACCCCGCGUCGUCAUCGAGCACUGCAAGAGCUGACGGGUGUUCGGGCGCAACGCGGCGGCGGUGAGCGAGGCCCUGCGUGGGGCCGUGGCCCACCUCGCCGUGGACAUCAACCCCCAGCAGCCACGCAGGAACAGCUUCGAGGUGUCCCUGGUGAAGGAGGACGGCAGCACUGUGGAGCUGUGGAGUGGCAUUGGGAAGGGGCCCCCCCGCAAGCUGAAGUUCCCCCAACCGGAGGCCGUGGUGGAAGCCCUGAAGAGCAGCUUGGCAUAGAGGUGGCAGCCAGUCAAGCUGGGACCGGCACCUGUGGCACGAGCAUCCAUGAAGAGGCGUGAUGAAGUGGGGCGCACCCGCCAGCCCCAGUCCCGUCUCCGAUGCUGCAGCUCUGCCACAAGCAGCCACUGCCAGGCCUGCCGGCGCCACUUGUCACCCCGCUGCCCCCCAGUAAAGCUCAGCAGCCCGACGGCA